AUGUAAAUUUUAAGAACUAUCGUUUACCCUAAUGGCGGGGAAGCGCAAGCGCAGCGCCGAUACUGGUAAGGGAAGGGAAGGAAAUCCAUUCGAUGUGCCAGAAAGCUCGUACCACAUUGGGGUGUUGCGGGCAGUGGAGCCCUUUGUCACGAUCUGGGAGACGGAGGGCUCGCUGCAAGCACUGGGCACAAAGAACAAAUUCUUUGGCGGCUUGAUAGCCAAAGACACAGUGGAUACCGUCGCAAGCCUCCUGUGGGAGCGCCUCGCAGUGGUGGAAAGCGUCUACGCCAAGCAGAGAACCGAGGGGAACAUGCGGCCGUGGCAUCUCGCCCUUGUUGAGAUGUUCUACUGGAUGUCCACCCCCUCCGAAACGGAGCUUCGGGAUCUUAAGGAAAGGCUCCGAAUGCGUGGUGACAUGAAUGGGCUGCAAACGGUCCAGCACUUGCAGCAGCUUGACGACGACGCUCUCCAAGGCUUCGCUGUGGAGAUUGGCAUCAUGUUACAGGAUACUUCCAGCUUUUCUACGGGAUCUGAGAGGGAAGGAGUUACCGAGGCGAACGAGGAUGAGCUUGGUUUGCCGGAGCACGCGAGGACGGACAUCAAGUUCAGGACACACAAGCCUUGCGUUUUCAAAGAUCCAAAGCUAUCCAAGAGGAAGAAGGGCCAACUGAAGUCCGAGCUGUGCCCCUUCAUCGCUGAGUGUAAGGCAAAUGAAUGCGACCAAGCAGUCUUUCAGAAUGUUGGGUAUGGCCGAGUCGAAGUUCGGCACAACAUUGCCCAUGGCCACUACGACCCAGUCUACCUUCCUAUCUUUGGUGGCUCCUCUUACACGUAUGGUGUUCUAGACGUGCAUGGCCUCGUGGAAGUCUCCGAAAACACAAUCUCGCCAGCCUCGUAUCUUCGCUAUACCGAACAUUGCGACGAGAAAGGAGUAGAGCCCAAGAGCGAAUCGGAUUUGAUCAAGUCCCUUGACGAUGGAAUCGCAGAACUGGAACUUUGGAAUGAUUAUCAUCCCAAGCGAUAUCCCACGAACAAAUACCUUGUGGGGGACUUCUAUAUCGCUGAAAAGUGGUACCCCUUACCAACUGGGAACUCCAGCUAUUCGAGUCCGGAGUCUCAUUUCUUUAUGGAGGCCAUGCUAAGAGUCGUCGUUGGUGAUAAAGUACUAUCAUGGCGGCCCGACGAUGCCAGAAGAGCAUUUUGGAGGCGGAACGCCUUCAUCAAGUUGCAAGGCCGCGUGAGUGGGGCUCCUGAAGUGGAGGAGGAAGAACUAAGUCACCUGCCUAAUGAGAAGCUGCAGGCUCGUAUGCAGCGCUUAUUGGCUGAGAUGGUGAGACGACGUGACACUGUUGAACCAGCUGAAGAACAAAGCAACUCUUGGCCUACAGCGGCUGGGUUCAGAUAAGGCACUGGAACUUUAUCUCCUCCACGAUGCCAGUAGGGAACCUACAAAACUGUAAUGAACUAGAAAUGUUAUAUAUCAAACUAUAUGUUGAACUAGUAUAUAAAAUAACUGUUAUAAACUACA